CUGGAGAUGUCACAGUCUUCUGGUAUUGAGAUUUGCCGAAAAGUCAUACUUAAGAAUUUCAUUGCACUUAAGAAGUAUUUGCAUCCUGAUCCUAUAAUAGAUUGUGAGACAGGCUUUGAAUUACUUACCGUCGCAGACAGAAGGAAUAUCAAGGGUAAGGCUCCAACUGAUAAGAAUGAAACGAUAUUGAGAAAAGUAAUAUCAAAAGGUGCUAAAGGUUACACAGAUUUUAAAGAGCGUCUGAGAAAGACCUGGCAGACUGAAUUAUUAGAGCUGAUCGUUUGUGCAGAAAAUGGACAGGACACAACAGAGAUAGAGGAUCGGCUUGAGAAAACUGCAGUGUUAAGUCCAGAAUAUACCAAACACAGAGGUGGUAAGUCAGUUGUUUUACGCUCACAGUGUUCAGAGAUGAACUUUUGUUACUGCAAGCUGUCAGUUGUAAGUUGUCUAUCAUUCUACGUGAAUAUAUGUCUUUAAUCAACAUCUCCAUCUAAAAUUAUCGAUAAAUAUCAACUUUUACAGAAAUGAUUUAAAGUAGCCUUCUACAAUAUUUUCCCUGUUGAUAAAUGCCUCCUACCUAAACAUGUUUUCUGAGUGUGAACUAUAAAUUAUUUAGUCGCUAAUAAUUUCUUGGUAGUAAACUGAUUUUAUAUUAUUUUACUACACAAACUACAUUUAUUUAUACGAUUAUUCGAAUAGCUUGAUUUCUUUUAAAAUAAAACAACAAAAAUGGCAGAUUUGACACCUCAGGCAAGAUCAAGUAAAUUGAAAUCCAACCAAGUCCGACCACUCAAAUACAAGUAGAAGGAAGUCUAUAUGUUAUAUUAAAUACGUAUUUAGAUACAACAAAUGCCAUUUGGCCUUGAUUUACAGGUAAAUAUCAACAUCGUCCGCAAAUGUCACGAAAAACCGGUACAAUAUAUCGCCAAUUUAACACAAAGUAUUUAAUAUGCAGAAAAAAGCAAAUACUGCUCUAAACCCUGACAUAUUUAGCUUCCCAAAAUUGUUGAGUUUGGAAAAUUCGAUGAAGUUUUGAUGGAGAAAUAAGUUGAAACAUUACCUUGGGUGAACUCGAUGUAAACAUGUUUACUUUCGUUUUCGGAGGUAUGAGGGGCUAUAUCCGGUGGACGCUGUACAACAGUGAUAAUGUUGAUGAAACAAUUAUUAAACAAUUUCUUUGGCAUAUCCGUAAUCCUGACACAAUCAUGUGAUAAGAUCAUCAUCACGUGAUUUGUGUGAAGGCAGUGGCUACCGGCCGUAGCGUAACCGGUGCUUGUAGUUUUGUAUCAAGCUGAAUUGUAACCGUACCUAAAUCCCAAAUAGAAUGUAUAUUUGCCAAUCUCAGCACAAGUCAUGUUCUUAUCUCAUUAUAUAUAUCAAGAAAAACGUAAAAUAAGCCGCUUUGGAAAAAAAUCAUGUUUUAACGUGUAUUAUUAUAAAAUGUGUUAUACUAGACUCGUAUUAAGUACAACAAACGCUGUUCCGACACUGCAUAUGUGACUUAUUCCACGAUAGUGGGUCCAAACGGUAAGCCAGUUACAGUUCAUGUUUUAAAACAUAUAGAACUUAUUGCUUCACUCGCUACGCUACAAUGCAAUAAAUUC